AUGAGUUGUGUCGACCUCUCUAAAGCAACCAAUUGGCUCCACCAAAUUAAUUUGAUUCCUACUCUACAAGUUUUGCUUUUGAGGGAUGCAAGUCUCCCACGUGUUCCACAUUCUUUACCCACAUUUAACCUGACAUCCCUCACCAUACUCGAUCUCAGUGGGUAUGAAUGGGGCAUUAGUGCUUCAAUGUUGAGGUGGUUGUCUAAUGCCAGUAAUCUCGAACACCUCGAUCUAUCUAGAUGCUCGAGGGUGUUUGACUUCGAGGGGCUAGCAGUUGCUUUGGGAGCUCUACAUAAUUUGAGGAAGUUAGUUUUGUUUGGAAAUAAAAUAGCAGGAGAAAUUUCUACAAUUCUGAAGAAUGUUAGCAGAAUGUUGCAAUAUUUAGAUUUGCGAUGGAAUUCAUUGUUAUCUGGAGAAAUUUCAACAAUUCUGUCCAUCCUUCCGCGCCGACUGGAGUUCUUAGCAUUACACGAUAAUAACAUCUAUGGGAGAAUCCCAGAGAUGUUAGGGGAUUUCACAAGCUUGAGACACUUGAGUAUGUCCUACACUCAAAUAACUGGAGAUAUUCCGAGAACAAUAGGGAAACUUAUCCAUUUGGAGUAUCUUGAUUUGUCUAAAAAUCAUAUAACAGGAGAGAUGCCGGUGAAUGUAGGAAACCUUACAAAUUUGGUAUUUCUAUAUUUGUACGAAAAUAAUAUCACAGGAUCAAUACCAGAGGGUGUUAGCAAUUUUGUUUCCUUGGAGGAAUUAGAUUUGUCAGAAAAUAACAUUACUGGAGAAAUACCAAAAGCAUUGGGGAAUCUUCAAAAUUUAGUGAAAUUAGAUUUGCAUGCCAACGCUAUCAAUGGGCAAAUACCAGAUACUAUUGGUAGAAUUUCCACCUUAAAGUAUCUAGAUGUAUCAAAGAACCAUUUAACAGGAGAAAUACCAAAAAUGAUUGCUAGAAUUUCCACCUUGCAACAUUUGGAUGUAUCAGAAAACCACUUAACAGGAGAGAUGCCACUGAACCUAGGAAACCUUACAAAUUUGGUAGUUCUAUAUUUGAGAGGAAACAAUAUCACAGGGCCAAUACCAGAGAGUGUAGGUAAUUUGGUUUCCUUGGAGGAAUUGGAUUUGUCUAGAAAUAAGAUUACCGGAGAAAUACCAAAAAGUUUAGGGAGUCUUCAAAAUAUGUUAAGAUUAAAUUUACACGCCAACUUUCUCAUUGGGCAAAUACCAACAACGAUUGGUAGAAUUUCCAACUUGAAUUAUUUGGAUGUAUCAGAGAACCACUUAACAGGAAAAAUACCAAAAACAAUUGAAUUUCCAACUUGUUUCAAUUAG